AUGCAAUCUACCAAACACAAAGUUGGGGAAGUUUACGAGCAACCACUGAGUCCGUUAUCCAGGGUCUUUCAUGAGCCUAGUAUUAAUCUCCACAUCGUAGCUAUCUUCGGUAUGAAAACUCUAGUCAAUCUAGAGGUUUUCAAAGCCGAUUUGGUCCAUGUAAUGGAUAAAAAUCAUCGUUUCUCUAGUUUACAGGUGUGCAAAAAAAAUGGGAGCAUGAUAUGGGUUCCAAUGAAAGUAAACAUGGAUAACCAUGUUGUUGUGCCAGAACUUGAUCCAAACAUGGAGUCUGCAGACAAAUUCGUCGAAGAUUACAUUUCAAACCUUAGUAGAUCUAACCUUGACAAUUCAAAACCCUUAUGGGAUCUACAUAUCCUCAACACAAAGACAUCCCAUGCACAUAGCACAUGCAUCUUCCGUUUUCAUCACUCUCUCGGAGACGGGAUGUCUUUGAUGAAUCUUUUGCUUGUCGGUAGUCGCAAGGCCUCAGAUCCCAAGGCCUUGCCUACACUUCCUGGGGAUAAGAGGUCUAGUCGCCUUACAAGAGUUACUAAUUUGAGAUCCAUUUUUAUGGUCAUUUGGAACUCUAUUGUCGGUCUUGUGAUGCUCUUAUUGACUGCAUUGUUUUUAGAAGAUACAAAAACCCCGUUAAAAAGUUCAUCACCUGUCGGGUAUAGGCCUCGACGAAUCGUCCAUAUAAGUGUUAGCCUUGUUGAUAUAAAAACGGUUAAAAAAGCUAUGAACGUGACGGUGAACGACGUUAUAGCUGGAGUUAUACAAGCUGCCUUGCAUCGUUACAUAAAUCGGAGAUAUGGAGGGGGAGAGAACAACAACAAGGUUCCUAAGGAUGUUCGUCUUCGUGCAAAUCUUGUCUUUAACCUAAGAGCCUCUACAAAAGUGAAUGUUUCUGGUGAUACUCCCAGUCAUGGCAAAUGGGGAAACAAGGUAGUUUUUAUGCUACUUCCGCUUGACGUUAGACACAAGGAAGACCCUCUAGACUACGUACGAGAAGCCAAUACCAUCAUGGAGCGCAAGAAAGCUUCUUUUGAGCCAUUCUUCACUUGGUUCUUUACUAAUUUAGUUAUGAAGUUAUUUGGUGUCAAGAUUGCAGUGAAAAUGAUUAAAACAUUUGUGUCAAGGACAACACUUUGGUUCUCCAAUGUGCCCGGGCCACAAGAGGAAAUCUCGCUUUGUAGACAUGAGGUUGCCUACCUUGCUCCAAGUGUGUAUGGCCAAUCCACGGCAUUGGUGAUUCAUGUUGUGAGUUACGUUGAUAAAGUAAUAUUUGUGCUAUCGGUUGAUGAAGAAAUAAUACCCGACUCUCAAAACUUGUGCGAGGAUCUACAACAAGCGCUUCAUCACAUCAAGACUCAUGUUUCUGCUGCAGAAUGUGUUUAGAACAAUUACUCAAUUGUGUCCAUCAUUCCAAAAAUCAUUUCCAUUUUACAAUUUUAUUUUGAAUGCCAACUGUACUUUUUUAAUC